ACAAACAAAACAAUGUGUUUUGUUUUUUUUACCUUAUUCAUUCUAAAUUUGUGUAACUUAUACAUAUUUACAAGACCGCGCAGGAAAUGACCAGUCCCACGCCUGUUCUAUUGGCCUUCGUUGUGCACAUGGUGCUCCACACAACGCUCUUCAUACAUCUAGAUCCGGGUAUAAUUGCAGACACCCCCGUCUUUGGUAGCCAGUUAUUCUAUUUAUCAGUGAUGGAUCUGCUGUGCGACACAGAGGUAAUACCCACGCACUGGAGUAACAUUCCGCGGUGGGGAAAGUUUAUCCUUGAGACCAUUAUCGCCAUCCUUAUUGGCGAAACUUUGAUGGUGGGCGUAUGGCUUUCCAUGGAAACGCUUCUCGUCAACUUUAUAAAUGUUAUAACCAAUUGGUUGGGCCUGGGCAGCCGUACAAACACUAAUUUCCAGGAGAUCGGCACGAUUUUAUUGGGAGUUAUCUUUUUAGUGAUAGUGGGUGCCAUUACAAAUCGACCGGCCAAAGUUUGGAAAAUGGCACAACAGUCUUGGAGAAUCAUCACACAACAAAGUCGUCCUUCGUCCAAACAGAAAUCUUUUAAAUAAGCAAAAGGACCCACAUCGUUUUCGGUUCCUUCUAUUAAUUUGGGAUACCAUUUCUAGUUUAUGUGCACUUUUUUAUUAAAAGGGUGCUC